AUGGCAGAAUCAUUUCCUGAAGUCCAAGGCGGAGGGUCAUUGAUCCUUGCCUGGCAGGUCAAGAACAAGAAAGUCCUAGUCGUCGGCGGCGGAGAGGUCGCCGCCGGCCGCAUCCUCAACCUCCUCAACGCCGAUGCCUCCGUAACCGUAAUCUCACCAACCUCAGGCCUAAACCCGGAAGUCGCCCAUCGAGUCCAAAACAACCAAGUCACGCAUCUAGAUAAGAAAUUCGAACCCUCCGAUCUCGACGACCCAGACAUCACAAUGGUCCUGACGGCCAUCGACGACCCAGAAGCAUCGUCCCAGAUCUGGAAACUGUGCAAAGAGAAGCGUUUACCCGCGAAUAUCGCAGACGUGCCUCCGGAAUGCGACUUUUACUUUGGAAGUGUACAUCGCGAUGGACCGUUGCAGAUUAUGGUGUCGACGAAUGGGAAUGGACCGAAGAUGGCCAAUAUCGUGCGGAGAAGGAUCGCGAGCAAUCUACCGCCGAACAUGGGUGAUGCGAUCAAGAAGGUGGGGAAAUUGAGGAAGAAGUUGAGAGAGGUUGCGCCGCAGCCUGAGGAGGGACCCAAGAGGAUGCAGUGGAUGAGCAAGGUGUGCGUGCAGUGGAGUUUGGAGGAUCUCUGUGAUAUGAGUGAGGAGGAUAUGGAGAUGUUACUGCAGUCUUAUGCCCCGGAUCAGGUGCCUAGCCUGGUGGAUGUACGAGGGCCGUGGGAGUUUGAUGGGAGCUUUGGGUGGGCUUGUGUGGUUUGA